CCAUUCCAAGAUCCGAACUGAACUCCAGCGCCAUUUUUCCCCCCUAUGAAAAAAAACCUCACAAUGCAUUUCCUCUAUUCUCCAGACCUAAUCUGAUACACAAACAUCAAUAAUAAAACCAUGAUCCGGACAACCAAAAUCCCCAAUCACACCACUGCCCUAAUCGACCGCCUCCGCCGCCACCACUUCCCUCCGGCGAGAUCCCUAAUCCUCACCACCACCGAGGGCCGCCGCCCCACCAUCGUCCACAAGCGGAGCCUCGACAUCCUCCACGACCCAUGGUUCAACAAAGGCACCGCCUUCUCCGUCACGGAGCGCGACCGCCUCAACCUCCGCGGCCUCCUCCCGCCCAACGUCAUGUCCCCCGCCCAGCAGAUCGACCGAUUCAUGGUCGACCUCCGCCGCCUCCAGGUCCAGGCCCGCGACGGCGAGUCCGACACCAACGCCCUCGCCAAGUGGCGGAUCCUCAACCGCCUCCACGACCGCAACGAGACAAUGUACUACAGGAUCCUCCUCGACAACAUUGCGGAGCACUCCGCCAUCGUCUACACCCCCACCGUCGGCCGCGUCUGCCAGAAUUACAGCGGCCUGUUUCGCCGGCCGAGGGGCAUGUUCUUUAGCGCCGCCGAUCGCGGGGAGAUGAUGUCCAUGGUCUAUAAUUGGCCCGCCGAGCAGGUCCAUAUGAUUGUCGUCACGGACGGAAGCGGGAUAAUGGGGCUGGGAGACCUGGGCGUACAGGGGAUCGGGAUGGCGAUCGGAAAACUCGACCUGUACGUCGCGGCGGCGGGGAUAAAUCCGCAGAGAGUUCUCCCGGUGAUGAUCGAUGUCGGGACCAACAACGAGAAGCUGCUGGGAGAUCCAUGGUACCUGGGACUGCAGGAGCGGCGGCUCGACGGCGACGAGUACGUCGAGAUCCUCGACGAGCUCAUGGAAGCAAUCUUCACUCGCUGGCCGAACGUCAUCGUCCAAUUCGAAGGGUUCCGCGGCGAAUUGGCUCACAAGUUGUUGCACAGAUACAGAAACGUCUACAGAAUGUUCAACGACGACAUCCAGGGAACGGCGGGGGUUGCAAUCGCCGGAAUUUUAGGAACCCUAAGAGCGAGGAAACGCCCAAUUUCCGAUUUUCCGAACCAGAAGAUCGUCGUCGCCGGCGCGGGAAGUGUAGGAAUCGGGUUCCUCAAUGCGGUUGGGAAAACGAUGGACCGAUUUCUGGUACAGAGUACCGGCGGCUCCGGUUGUGAAAGUAAGAUUCGGGACCAGAUCUGGGUUGUUGAUGCUCGAGGGUUAAUCACCGAGGAACGCCGGGAAAUCGAUCCGGAGGUUCGUCGUUUUGCGAGGAGAGGUGAUAAUCGGUUGAAGGAAGGGGCGGAUCUGGCGGAAGUGGUGGGGGAAGUGAAGCCGGACGUUUUAGUCGGGUUUUCGGGUUCCGGCGGGUUGUUCACGAAAGAUGUAUUGAAUGCCCUGAAAGGAUCCGGAUCCGGAUCCGACCCGGGACGCCGGCCGGCGAUUUUCGCGAUGUCGUACCCUAAUCCGGAGUGUACAUUCGAGGAGGCUUUUGCAGUUUUGGGGGACAACAUGAUAUUCGCGACGGGGAGUUCACCGACGGCGAAGCGGUGCUGUAAUCAGGUGAACAAUAUGUAUCUGUUCCCCGGGAUCGGGCUCGGGGCGCUGCUAUCGGGGUCGAAGAUGAUAUCGGACGGGAUGCUGCAGGCGGCGGCGGAGUGCCUGGCGGGAUGCGCGUCGGAGGAGGAAUUGGGGAAGGGGAUAGUGUACCCGGAGAUAUCGAGGGUUAGGGAGAUAACGGAGAAAGUGGCGGCGGCGGUGGUGAAGGAGGCGAUUGAGGAGGAUGUGGCGGAAGGGUACAGGGGAAGGGCGAAAGCGAGGGAGCUGCAGCGGCUGGACGACGAUGAGAUUGUGGAGUAUGUGAAGAACAAUAUGUGGAGCCCGGAGUACGCCAAGAUGGUGUUUAAGUACCUAUGAGCGGAGAAUUCGCCGGCGGCCGGCGGUGAGAUGGAGCUGCCGGAUGUUAUUGUUUGAUCCACUUCACUCUCCCGCCAACAAUUUUGAAGAGAUACAUACCUAUAUCUUCUACUUCUUUCAUUUUCUUUGUUUCUGUUACCUAAUCAUCUUCUUUUGUUACAGGAAGUUGAGGUAUAUAUGUGACAAGAAAUAACUUCAUACGAAAUACUUAAUAAUUGGAAUUGAAGUUUGAAUUGUCCGACAAUUUAAAAUACGGAAAAAAUAAUUUAGUUCGAAUAAGUUCGAAUUGACUCGUUUUUAGGCAAAAAUAAUUGUCUGGGA